UGUUAUUUUAAAUAUUUACAUUUUAGAAAAAGAAUCUAGUCAAUUUUAAGGGUUUCCACGAAAUAUGAAUGGAUAUAAUGAUCAAGAUAUCGUUGCGUCCAACAAGAGAAGCUGCAAUUUAACCAUGCGUUCGAAGGCACCACUCGGAAAGGAUCGACUUCAUAGCGAUCUUGACUCAGAAGGCCACUUAGUCCGCCGUGUUAUGACAAAAUAUGAGUGCAAGCUCGAGGACGAAGUGGAGCAGCUGCAAGAGGCGCUUUUCAAAAUCUCUUCUCACUAUGCCAAAGUUCAGUUUGGACUGCGCCAAGUAAUUUCGGCAUCAUCGUGGGAGAGAGACUUCCUGCUUAAGGACCUGGAAAGAUUGACAGCUCAGGGACUGGAUGGAACUGACCACAGACAUGGGGAAACCCUCUCUACCGCAACUAAUGUUCGCGCAAAACAAAUCAAUAUACUCGGCGAGCUAAGAGGACAUAUCGACGACUUGGUCGAAGAAACUGGUUGCCUUCAGGAAGCAGGUCUAUAAAGACAUGUGAGAAUUCCAUGAACAAAGCUACAUAUUGUCACGUUAGUGAGCAAUCCGAAAGCAAUAACCAAGAUCAUAGAAAUUAUCAAAAACAUGAAAAAAUGUUUAGAAACUUACGAAUUUUGUUCAUUUCUGUUUUUCACAUAAUAAACAGGA